AUGCCUGCCCCACAGCGGCUCCUGCCUCUGCUGCUCAUGCUGGGGCUGACCGCGGGGGCCGGCCUGCCGCCAGGACCUGGAGGCCACCUGGGCAUAUGCCCCAACCAGCUCAGCCCCAGCCUGUGGGUGGAUGCCCAGAGUACCUGUGAGCGUGAGUGCAUCAGGGACCAGGACUGCACAACUGCUGAGAAGUGCUGCACCAAUGUGUGUGGGCUGCGGAGCUGUGUGGCGGCCCGCUUCCCCAAUGGUGGGCCCGCUUCACCCAUGCCAACAGCCUCCUGUGAGGGCUUCGCGUGCCCAGAGCAAGGUUCCAACUGCGACAUCUGGGACGGGCAGCCCGUGUGCCGCUGCCGUGACCGCUGCGAGAAGGAACCCAGCUUCACCUGCGCCUCUGACGGCCUCACCUACUACAACCGCUGCUAUAUGGACGCUGAAGCCUGCCUGCGCGGCCUCCACCUGCAUGUGGUGCCCUGCAAGCACAUCCUCAGCUGGCCGUCCAGCAGCCCUGGGCCGCCUGAGACCACAGCCCGCCCCACGCCCGGGGCCGCCCCCAUGCCGCCCGCGCUGUACAACAGCCCCUCCCCGCAGGCUGUACAGGUUGGGGGCACCGCCAGCCUCCACUGCGACGUCAGCGGCCACCCGCCACCCACUGUGACCUGGGAGAAGCAGAGCCACCAGCGGGAGAACCUGAUCAUGCGCCCUGACCAGAUGUACGGCAACGUGGUGGUCACCAGCAUCGGGCAGCUGGUGCUGUACAAUGCGCGGCCUGAGGACGCUGGCCUGUACACCUGCACUGCGCGCAACGCUGCUGGCCUGCUGCGGGUGGACUUCCCGCUCUCUGUGAUCCAGCGGGAGCCGUCCAGGGACAAGGCCCCCAGCCACCCUGCUGAGUGCCUGCCAGACAGGCAGGCCUGUGCCAGCCCCACCUCCUCCCACCACGUCCUCUGGCACUUUGACCCACAGCGGGGCGGCUGCAUGACCUUCCCGGCUCUCGGCUGUGAAGGGGCUGCCUGGGGCUUCGAGACAUACGAGGCAUGCCAGCAGGCAUGUGCCCGUGGCCCCGGGGACACCUGUGUGCUGCCGGCUGUGCAGGGCCCCUGCCAGGGCUGGGAGCCACGCUGGGCCUACAGCCCGCUGCUGCAGCAGUGCCACCCCUUCCUGUACAGUGGCUGCGAGGGCAAUGGCAACAACUUCGAGAGCCGUGAGAGCUGCGAGGAUGCCUGCCCGGUGCCGAGGAUGCCGCCCUGCCGGGCCUGUCGCCACAGGAGCAAGCUGGCACUGAGCCUGUGCCGCAGCGACUUCGCCAUCGUGGGACGGCUCACUGAGGUGCUGGAGGAGCCUGAGGCUGGUGCUGGCAUCGCCCGCGUGGCCCUGGACAAUGUGCUCAAGGACGACAAGAUGGGCCUCAAGUUCCUGGGCACCAAGUACCUGGAAGUGACGCUGAGUGGCAUGGACUGGACCUGCCCCUGCCCCAAUGUGACAGCUGGCAAUGAGCCACUAGUAAUCAUGGGCGAGGUGCAUGAUGGCGUGGCCAUGCUGGACCCUGGCAGCUACAUCCGUGCUGCUAACGAGAAGCGUGUCAAGAAGAUCUCAGAGCUGCUCGAGAAGAAGGCCUGCGAGCUGCUCAACCGCUUCCAGGACUAG